CCCCGCCGCCCGGCCCUGCCUGUGAUUGGUGCAGGCCCGGCCCUGGCGGACCCGAAUGCCAGGCCGCGGCGGCGGCGGCGGAGUCCUGCGGGCCGAGGCCUCCCCCCCCUCCCGCCGCCCGACACCCGGGCGCAGCCCGCCGAGAGGCCGCCCGGCGCGGGGACCCGCACAGUUAAGUUGGAGCCUCCCUCGUUUGGAGCGAUGACUGUUGCUUGAAAUCUCCAUCUUUGCGGGCUGCUUGCUGCUUUCUCACCUGAGGAUUUCAAGAGUGUAAAAGAAUAACCUCUGGUCAUUUCCUUCCUUGAUAAUGAAGUUACAUUAUUUGUGAAUGAAUUUUGCUGAAUAUGGAUCCGGGUGGUGGAAGUCUUGGAUUGCAAACACAAGAAUCCAAAAUGCCUCACGCUAUGAUUAUGCAGGACUUCGUGGCUGGAAUGGCCGGCACUGCUCAUAUUGAUGGAGAUCAUAUUGUUGUGUCAGUCCCUGAAGCUGUCCUUGUUUCUGAUGUUGUUACCGAUGAUGGAAUAACUCUUGACCAUGGCUUAGCAGCUGAAGUUGUGCAAGGACCAGACAUCAUCACUGAAACUGAUGUUGUAACAGAGGGUGUCAUUGUUCCUGAUUCUGUUCUGGAAACUGAUGUGGCUAUUGAAGAAGCACUAGAUACCAGUGAUCAUGUUCUGACUUCUGAUCUAAUAACAGAAGCUGUUAGAGUUCCUGACCAGGUGUUUGUGGCUGACCUUGUUACGGGUCCCGAUGGACAUUUGGAGCACGUGGUGCAAGACUCCGUGUCAGCAGCUGACUCACCUACGAUGGUCUCAGAAGAAGUCCUUGUAACAAACUCAGAUUCUGAAACAGUCGUUCAGGCAGCUGGUACUGUUCCUGGCUCUACAGUGACUAUAAAAACAGAAGAUGAUGAUGAUGGCAAGAGUACAUCGGAAGACUACUUAAUGAUAUCUUUGGAUGAUGUUGGAGAAAAACUGGACCACAUAGGAAGCACUCCCUUGAAAAUCAGUACUGAAGUGACAAAUGAUGAAGUGGCUAAAGAUGAUGGGUUUGGUUCUGAAGUUAUCAAAGUAUACAUAUUUAAAGCUGAAGCUGAAGAUGAUGUUGAAAUAGGUGGGACAGAAAUUGUCACAGAGAGUGAUUUUCACAAUGGACAUUCGGUAGCUGGAGUAAUUGAACAAGGAGGUGUUGGUAGAAUGCAGCGAGAAAAAAUGGUUUACAUGGCUGUUAAGGACUCUUCUCAGGAAGAUGAAGAUAUUAGCUGUGCUGAAAUAGCAGAUGAAGUUUACAUGGAAGUUAUUGUAGGUGAAGAAGAAGCUACAUCACUUCCAGACACGCAGCUUGAAGAGACUGGUGUGAAUAAAACUUUUGUUCCUGUUGCUUGGGCUGCUGCUUAUGGAGAUGACAGAAGACUACCCAGAAGAUAUGAAGAUGGUCAAGCGGCAGGGAAUAACUUGGAUACACGAUUAGAAAACAAAAACGGUAAUGCAACACAAUACCUGCAGAUUUGUGAUAGCAUUAGCACUAAUAGAGUGCUAAAACAAAAAACCAAGAAAAGGAGGAGAGGAGAGGCCAGGCAAUGGCAAACAGCUGUUAUAAUAGGUCCUGAUGGACAGCCCUUAACAGUUUACCCUUGUCAUAUAUGUGGGAAAAAAUUUAAAUCCAGAGGAUUCUUGAAAAGGCAUAUGAAGAAUCAUCCAGAUCAUAUGAUUAAGAAGAAAUACCAGUGUACAGACUGUGACUUUACAACUAACAAAAAAGUAAGUUUCCACAAUCAUCUGGAAAGCCAUAAACUUAUAAAUAAAGUUGAUAAAACCCACGAGUUUACGGAAUAUACAAGAAGAUACAGAGAAGCAAGCCCGUUGAGUUCUAAUAAACUAAUACUGAGGGACAAAGAGCCUAAACUGCACAAGUGCAAAUACUGUGACUAUGAAACUGCAGAGCAGGGGCUACUCAAUAGACAUCUACUUGCAGUUCACAGUAAGAACUUCCCUCAUGUAUGUGUGGAGUGUGGGAAAGGAUUCCGUCAUCCGUCAGAGCUGAAAAAGCAUAUGAGGACCCACACUGGGGAAAAGCCAUACCAGUGUCAGCACUGUGUCUUCAGGUGUGCCGAUCAGUCCAAUCUGAAAACUCAUAUCAAAACCAAACAUGGGAACGACUUGCCAUUUAAAUGUGAGCACUGUCCCCAGGCUUUUGCAGAUGAAAAGGAGCUGCAGCAGCACACAGAAUUGUUUCAAGGGCAUAAGACUCAUCAGUGUCCGCACUGUGACCAUAAGAGCACCAACUCCAGUGACCUGAAGCGACACAUUAUUUCAGUUCAUACGAAGGAUUUUCCCCACAAAUGCGAGGUAUGUGAAAAAGGCUUCCAUCGUCCAUCAGAGCUCAAAAAGCAUAGUGAAACCCAUAAAGGUAAAAAGAUACAUCAGUGUAGACACUGUGACUUUAAAACGUCAGAUCCUUUUAUACUGAGCGGGCACAUCCUCUCAGUUCACACCAAGGACCUGCCUUUUAAGUGCAAAAGAUGUAAAAGAGGAUUUAGGCAGCAAACUGAACUUAAGAAGCACAUGAAGACGCACAGUGGAAGAAAAGUUUAUCAAUGCCAGUAUUGCGAAUAUAGCACUACGGAUGCGUCAGGCUUUAAACGACACGUAAUAUCAAUACACACAAAAGACUAUCCACAUAGGUGUGAGUAUUGCAAAAAGGGAUUCCGUAGACCAUCAGAAAAAAAUCAGCAUAUAAUGAGGCACCACAGAGAGGCCAUAAUGUAAUAUAUGAUGUCAAGAAGGAAGCAAUUUAGAAACUGUGUUAUGAUAAUUGGGGAAAAAAAAAUCUCAUGAACUGUUUCUCCUGGUUUCAAAGCUCGAUAUUAAAUCAUAACUUUACAUUCUUUGUAUUAAAAGUCUUAAAGUAUUAGGGUUGACAGGGGAUCUCAUAGCCCUAUGAUUGUUGCUUAUCAGAACCUGAAGAGCACUAUAGAAUGCAGAAAGAUGGAUGAAUGUCUUAAAUUUGCAGAAAGAUGAAUGAAUGUCUUCAAGUAAUAGUAUUACGCGUUGUUAAGCUAUGGAAGACAAAAAGAAGAUGAUUGUGUUACCCAUUUUGUCAGUGAGAGCGUUUGUCUCCAUACUAAAACAGUUCAGAUACGUGACGGGAUUCUUCACAGCUGGUUUGCUGAGGCAGCUGGGCCUGGCUUCUUGUGUGGUUCUGAGAGAAGAGUAUUCGUCAGUCACUUGGUCAUAACGUUUGAAAUCGUGCCUGGAAAUUAUAUUCUAGAAUUGGUCAGAGUUAGGGGGGGUUGUCCUGCUUUCAACAAAUACAACAUUUCAUUGGGAAACUUUUUGGUUUCCUCUAUUAGUUAGGUCCAACAAGAAAUUUGUAAUGAUUUUCAAAGCUGCUAACCUAUUUUAUUGCAGGAUUCAAUGAUAAAAACACAGCGUUGUGAUCUUAGAGGUGGUGUUUUGGUGCUAGGCUUAAAGACGUGUAUGUACAUAACUUCCCUUUUUUACCUGAAACUAUGGCUGAAUGUUGUUCAGUAUGGCACAUAAAAUUAAGUUUGAAUCUGAUUCUAUUUUUUAAGGAUGAAAUGGAUGCAGCUGAUAGUGUUGCUACUCAGCACUACUUUUUUUUUCUCACUACUUUAAGAUCUCAAAGUACUAUUAAAAAGAAAAUUGAAAAAACCUAUAGUUUGUUUUUAAUUAAAAUUCAGAGCACUUAGAAGCUCUUUAGGGCAGUGUUCUUAGCAGGUAUGGCAAUUGCCUUACCUCCUAAUAUGAAAUUUUCAAUAUAGACAUAAAAUUGCACCUUUUAAUCAAUUCUUAAAAGAAAGAAAUCUAUACCACGCUAUAAACGUGCAUUUUCAAUCUGUAAGAAAGUAUAUAUGCAGUAUUUAGCCAGAGAAAUAUGCUGCCGCUAGAGUUUGGAGAUGGAUCUUCAGUUUACAGUGUAUACAUUUAAAAUAUGCAUCCCUUUAAACAGUGCUUUGUGUUAGCAUGCUGCAGAUCAAAUGGCGCUUAAUAUAACGAGCUGGUCUAGGGCUAUUUAAUGAACAACCUGUUCAUAAGUGUUACGCAUAUAAUGUGUAUUUUUUACUCUUUUUAGUUGCUUCAUGUUUGCACACAGCUGUUCACAUGAGAAAUUGUAACUUCAUGCUAUAUUGUGGCUUUUUGUGUUUCAGAUAUGUUCAUAUUUUGUUUUUGCACCAGAUGAGAAUCAGUUCCUUGAGAAAAUUUUUUUUUAUAUUUCUAAACUUCAGGAAGUGAAAUUUGGGAAAUCUCUUAGAAAAAUACGUGUUUUAUGUGGCUGUAAAAAAUGAUGUACACGCUGUAAAAUAAGAUUGUCACUGUGUGGGAUUAUUAUUUCUAAAUGUGUUACUCAUCGUAACGGGCAUACAAUAAAAUGCAUCUCUUGCACUCCAAAUAUUUUGGAGUCUAUUUCUCAUUUAUGGUGAUUUAGGAAAGUCUCAUUCGGUGUAAUUUUGCCUUAAUAUUUUAGUUACGUUAUUCCCUAGUUGAUAUGAAAUGUAGUAACAUCUCAAGUAAGCAGGUUACCCAAGGUAUGUUUGUGUACCACUGUUGAGGGGGAAUAUUGAGGUUCCAGUUAAGCUGCUAAGGUGACAGGUAACGUACGUACUUCUGUUUCUAAAUAAUUAUCACAUGUGAUAGUGCUGUACCUUUACAAUUCUUUCCUUCAAGUGAAGAGAACAUAACAUUUCAAUUUUUGGAGAAAGGCAGGUAGGUGCUGUCUUUUAUUAGCUUUAUAAUAAGAGCAGCUGUCGAAAUGCUAAAAACACUGCUUUCAUUGCUUUCUUAAUUUUCUUCUCUUCUUAGAAUACUUGAAUCAUGGCAUCAGUGGUAGAUUGGAAACUAAGAAAAUAAUGCAGUGUUAAAUGAACACUACAUUGAGGAUUUCCAGCAUGCUGUUAGCCAGCCAAUGCGUGGCUGUUGUGCGGGCAAACAAACUAUGCAGACGGUGCUAAUGGAAUAGUCUGGUUUUUGUUUCUGAUACUUUCUUCUUCUGUAGGUCCAGCAGACAGAGGAGACAGUGACACUCACAAAACGUUAAAAAUUAAUCUUUUGUUUUGUUGACAAUUUUAAUACUUUAUUCCUGAAAAUUAUAUUGAAUACGUAGACUGGAAGAGAUCCUUCAUAACAGGCUGAAGAUGACUGUUCUGUGCUGGCUCAUUUUUCCACCUCCAGGAUGGACAGAAUAACCAGAUAUGUGAGUACUUUUAACAUCUUCAGCCAGCACUGUAACCAGAUUCAGUUCUGCACUGCCUAAGGACCCACCAGGGUUGGUGUGGUACAGAACAGGCCAUGAGGGUGGCAGACAAAGGAGUACGGAGGAAGACUUUGAGCUUACACGAUUUCAGUUUAAAAUCGCAGAGAUGCGGGUAAUUCUUUCCAUGAUAAAUGGUUGUUUUGUGUAAGAUGAGAUAAUACACACCAAAGUUGGAUUUCUUAUUUUCUAAGUCUCUAACUGAACCCCAGUUGUUAUCUUACCUGUCAUAGAAUCAUAGAAUCACAAGGUUGGAAAGUACCUACAAGAUCAUCUAGUUCAACUGUCCUAUCACCAAUACUACCACUAAGCUACUAAACCAUAUCAUGCAGCACCUCAUCCAGACACCAUCUUUUACUUCUGGAUUUUUGUUUAUGGUUUUCAAGGUUUUGGAAGUGACACCACAUCUUCGAGUGAUGGCCGUGUUAAGUUGCUCUGAUCUUUCUGAAGUUUGAAGAAAACAACAGUAGACAGCUGUACUGUGUUUUUCUCAUGUAUGGUUCCUUUCAGAUUUCAUCUGAGAAAACUCCCUUAACGAUGCUUUUUUAUUCCAGUUAUGGGAUGUGCCAAAACUUCUCAGAAUAAAUGUUAGUUAAGAACCACUGGUGUCUACCAUCCUAAAAAGCACAGUGCAGUGUGGGACAUCAAUUCUCUUACUCAGAUUUUCUGUUGCAUGUAGUUACUCCAUGCCCUAAACUCUUACACACUGUAAAGUCCACUGAGUGCUUUUUUGUGUGGUUUGUUUUUUUUUUUAAUAUAUUUAAUGAUGGCAAGAACAAUAUGGUGGGUGCUGGAUAAAGAUUUUCUUCAUUUUCAGCUUCAUCAUCAUACAAAGUUCUGUAGUGCUUUAUUACAGAAGUUGAAAUUGGCUUUGAGUGUUUCGCAACCUGAAGGUCUGCCCAGUGAGAUUUCCUUCUGGUUAGGAAAAAAAAAGUUCUACCUUUUGAAAUGUGGAAAUCUGAGAGGAGCAUGUUUUCCAAGAUAUGCGGGAGGAAAUAGUAGUUGGAAAAACUACAGCUGUAGUUGGUUGUUGUCAGCUGAGGAACAAAUUUAGGAAGGGAAAGAGGAGCUGAAGAACAGGUGCAGCCUAGUAGUCUCUGUGACAGAUAGAUGGAGAACCUGAGCCGAGUUUAAUGGAAGUGGUUCCGGGCAAACUUCUCCACUGGGAAGCAAAAAGACGAGUUAUCUCUGCAGUCUGGUUGGCUUAUUGCUUUAUCUGUUUGAACUUGUCUUUAUAUUCAUUAUUUCUUUCUUCUUUUGACAGUGGAACAGCAAAAUGGACAGUGAGAUGUAGCUAAGAAGAGACGGUGUGGAAAUAAGGACUGUUGAAGGGAAAAAUAGUAGUUUCAAGUGUCCACAAUUAAAGGUGAUGAAAUGGAGAGAGUAUCUGGAGGAACGCCAACAAAGUAAUCUCAAGGUAAAGGUUGGAUAAAGCUUCUUUCUUUGGAACUGUUUGUAUAAUGCUUCUAGCUUGUCAAGCCCAGAUGAGUUCAUGGCAAAGACCACAAUUGCUGAAAGAGUGACUGAAGAACAGAUGUUGGGCACAUCAGGAAAAACUGAAGUUCUCACCAGCAUGGCCUGCCAUUCUCUUCUGAGAGAAAAUUAAGUGCAUGAAACAGUACGAGUAACAUUUGUGCAACAGAUGUUAGCAACAAGUCACAGACACAGGUUUUGACAAACUGAACACUUGAAAACCACUGCUAGGAAGAAAUCUUGCCUCAUUCACUGUUCACUUGCAAGUCAAUGAGUGAACCAUCCGUUUUUAUUAAAGCAACUAAGCUUGGACUUCAUGAGUUAAAUUUCAUCAUAACGGACUUCUUAUUGAGAGAGACCAACAAAUGAAUGAGGCCGUGGGAACUGAGAAAUACAACUCACCCCCAGGUCAUCCUGCAAAUGGCAGAGCUCUUCACCAAACAGCUGUACAGGUCGUUGGUCUUGCGGUUCAGUUCAGCAAGGAGCUCACCGAAGUAGCGGCAGUCCAGCUGGUCAUUGUUCUCCUGAGAGCAAUUGAAGUAACAGAUGGUAAGCAAGAUGAUCAUAACCCAUUCUCUUCCUUGGGAAGAAAGCUGCAUGUGAAAAUGCUACCAACGUGAUGGAAUUUUUUGCUUACUCAUACCAAUGUGUGAUUUGUUUAUACUAUUCUUUUCCUGGCUAUUGUGUGUUCCAUGUCUUCUGGUUUUCAGUAAACUAUACAGAAGUAAAUUCUUCCUUUACAGCAACAAGAAAUAGGCUAAGCAAUAUCUUUUUCAGCAAUGUUAUCAUUCUUAUUCUAAUACAGAAAGCAUAGAUAAUUAGUAAAACCUCCUUUAAUGAUCUUUAAUGUUUCCAUAGCUGUAGUAGUGGGCAGAAUGCAUAUGGACAGCACCGAGAACUUACAGAAAGGCACUCACAUAAGCCACCUCCUUUUUUUUUUGUUUUUUUUUGUUUUUUUUAAACCCAACAGAAUGUUAAAGCAUCUUUAACUGAAGAUAAAAUGUUUGCUUACAUGAAUAAUAAAAGUGAAAACAGGCUAAACUGAGUUUAACUAAGUUGUUUUAUUGGACUCUUGUCUAUGGAAAAUUUCCACAGACCAAUACAGACAUCACCCAGUAUGUCAGUCUCACCACCUGUAUGUUCAACAGAUGCAUGGGACGGGACUGCCACAUGUGAACCCCCAGCCAAAACAGUGCUACUCACCAACUUCCACAUGAAGUUAUUUCAGACCCCCACUGAGCAGGUCAGAUAGAAAGCAAUGCUGAAUUGGCCUAUGUCCAGUUUAUAAAGCACUUUUUACCUACAUUUUACUAAAACUGGAAAGAAGCAUAAGUCUUGUAUUACUCAGCCUUUGUUGUACUAACAGAUGAAACCUGACUGAAUCAAUGAGCAGCACUCUGAGAUAAAGAAAGAAAAAAGCACCACAGCAAAGCAGCAAGACUUGAUGGGUACACUUAAGCACUUUGCUGUUUAUACUUACAGAAGGGACAUAAUGCUUAAUUACCACGCUAUGAUUUUGAGUGUGGACUUUUGAAGAGCAGAAAUCAGUAACUUAAUCUAUCUGUAAAGUUCUGUACUCCAUGUCCAAAAGCAUAUUGUGAGUAGUAAAACAUGCAGCAAAUGACUCUUACCUGUUCGCAGGUUUGAACUGUCACCCUCCUCACUGCAGUUCCUCUGCAGUCAUCAGUCACAGAGAUGGGCAUUACUUCACAGGGGCUGCCGGUCUGUGUUUGCUGGCACUGCUGUGUGACUGGGGGCUGCUCGGGCUGCUGGCAGGGCUGGAUGGCACAGCACUGAUCAGACAGCUGUGGAAUCUGACACUGGUGGGAAAAUUGGUACUGCUUCUCCUAAAACAAAAACAGGAGUGAAUUUUCUUUAAGUUGCUGAACACAUCUUAGUGAGAUGCAAGCACAAUAAAAAUAUGUAAAUGAAUGAAAGGUGUUUUGGCAUCAAAAGACUGUUUCAGGUAUUUUAAUAAUGUUAAUAAAAUUGCUUUUUCUUACUAUUUGAA